AUGGCGCCCUCAAGAAUUUCACCACCAAGCUCUCCGGGGCCUUCGGAAUCAUCUUCAACAGACAUCUCAGCGUAUCGUGGCUACCAUCAUGUGCACUGGUAUGUUGGGAACGCUAAACAAGCCGCUUCCUUCUACGUCUCCCGCAUGGGCUUUGAACGCGUUGCAUAUCGGGGACUAGAAACUGGAUCUCGCGCUAUCGCCUCCCACGUGGUGCGGAACGGCAAUGUCACUUUCGUGCUCACGUCUCCUCUGCGGUGCUUGGAGCAGAGUACCAAGUUCAGCGAGGAAGAAGAGAGAUUGCUGAGGGAGAUCCACGAGCACCAAGAGAGGCACGGGGAUGCCGUUAAAGACGUCGCCUUCGAAGUCGACAACCUAGACGCCAUAUACUCCUCUGCUGUCGCCGCGGGCGCUGAAUCAGUCACUGCACCGCACUCAAUCUCCGACUCCCAUGGCACCGUCCGCCUCGCCACCAUAAAAACCUACGGCGACACAACCCACACGCUCAUCGAAAAAACCUCCUACACUGGCGUCUUCCUGCCCACCUACGCGCCGCUACCGGCCUCCACCGACCCGCUCAGGAAGCUGCUUCCGCCCGUGCUCCUCUCCAACAUCGACCACUGCGUCGGCAACCAAGACUGGGACGAGAUGGAAAACAUCUGCGCCUACUACGAGAACGUGCUGGGCUUCCACCGCUUCUGGUCCGUCGACGACAAGGACAUCUGCACCGAGUACUCCGCGCUGAAAAGCAUCGUGAUGAGCAGCCCCAACGAUGUGGUCAAGAUGCCCAUCAACGAGCCCGCGCGCGGGAAAAAGCAGUCCCAGAUCGAGGAAUACGUCGAUUUCUACGGCGGCCCCGGCGUGCAGCACAUCGCGCUGCGCACCGACAACAUCGUGCGCGACAUCACGAAUCUGAAGGCGCGCGGCGUCGAGUUCAUCAAGGUGCCCGAGACGUACUACGAGGCGAUGAGGCUGCGGCUGAAGAAGGCGGGGAUGGUGCUCAAUGAGGACUUUGAGGUGCUGAAGGGCUUGGAUAUUUUGAUUGAUUUUGACGAGGGCGGGUACUUGCUGCAGCUUUUUACGAAGCAUUUGAUGGAUCGGCCAACGGUGUUUGUGGAGAUUAUUCAGCGCGAGAAUUUUGAUGGCUUUGGGGCGGGGAAUUUCAAGAGCUUAUUUGAGGCGAUUGAGAGGGAGCAGGCGUUGAGGGGGAAUCUAGUUUGA